CUCUGUCCUUGUCCAAGCCCGGCGUGCGCCCAUGGCCUUCCUGACCGCCUGGAAGCAGGCAGCCUCCGGGAAAAGAGACACCAGGUCUCCUGUGAGCAGCCUCCAUGAGGCCCUGGACCAGUGUAUGAUCGCCUUAGACCUCUUCCUCACCAACCAGUUUUCCGAAGCACUCAGCUACCUCAAGCCCAGAACCAAGGAGAGCAUGUACCAUUCACUGACAUAUGCCACCAUCCUCGAGAUGCAGGCCAUGAUGACCUUUGACCCCCAGGACAUCUUGAUCGCCGGCAACAUGAUGAAGGAGGCGCAAUCGCUGUGUCAGAGGCACCGGAGGAAGUCUUCCGUAACAGACUCCUUUAGCAACCUGGUGCACCGUCCCUCCAUGGACCAGUUCACGGAAGGUGUGGCCCCCACGUUGUCCUCUGAAGCCACUUACGUCUACAUGAAGGCCGCCUACCUGAGCAUGUUUGGGAAGGAGGAUUACAAGCCAUUCGGGGACGAUGAACUGGAGUUAUUCAGAGCCGUGCCGGGCUUCAAGCUCAAGAUCGCUGGGAAAUCUCUACCCACGGAGAAGUUUGCCAUCCGCAAGUCCAGGCGUUACCUGUCCCCUAACCCGGUCUCACUGCCAGUCCCUGCUCUGGAGAUGAUGUACAUGUGGAACGGUUAUGCUGUGAUCGGGAAGCAGCCCGAGCUGACAGACAGGAUGCUUGGCGUCAUCACCGAGGCGGAAGACAUGCUUGCAAAGAGCCCAGAGAACGAAUACUCAGCGGACGAUGAAUGCAUGGUCCGAUUGCUGAAAGGCCUGUGUCUGAAAUACCUGGGCCGUGCCCAGGAGGCCGAAGAGAAUUUCAGGAGCAUUUGUGCCAAUGAAAAGAAGAUUAAGUAUGACCACUACCUGAUCCCAAACGCCCUGCUGGAACUGGCCCUGCUCUUUAUGGAGCAAGGCAGAAACGAAGAGGCCAUCAAACUCCUGGACUCUGCCAAGCAGAACUACAAGAAUUACUCCAUGGAGUCAAGGACACACUUCCGAAUCCAGGCAGCCACACUUCAAGCCAGAUCUUCCCUAGAGCGGGGCAGCAGACCCAUCGUAUCAUCAGUGUCCAUGUAGCUUCGUGCGACGCCCCUGGGUGGGAAGAUGUUCAAACAGACGCAGCCGGACAGAGCUGCUGGACCACUUCAAAAGAUUCCCCCGCCCCACCGCCCUGCCCUGCCCUACCUUGGGGUCCACCAGUGCUCCACUGGGACGG